GGGAGAUGUAGAGCCGAGCGACCUUUUCUCCGCAUUCAUUGAAUGCUCUCUCGCAUGUGACGCUUCCGCCGCCGCCAUGCACAACCACCAAGCCUCGCCUUCCCUUGCGCUCUCACGCUCAAAGUCUUUUGAGCUUGAGCCGGUUCACAGCCAAACGUCUUCUCGUGCUCCUCUUUCCCCAUCAUCCCCGCCUCUCCCACCACCCCUUGCCUCCCUUCAUUAGCCCGUCUCCUUUCAUUUCGAGCAUUUCUUCCCUCCCUUCCCCAUCUUCGCUCGCUGCUCGCCCAUCUCAACCACUGCCACCACUCACCACCUUGUCUCGCGAGCCAUAGCAGCGCGGACGCCACCGACAAAGGCAAUCACCGCGAGACACAUUGCCAUCUCGUCUCUACAGACGCGCGUUGAGCACACCAGCGCGGAUCGUGUCCACUCUCAUCCCACACACCUCCUCUCCCACGACCCGUUCGUUCGUCGCCAUGUGGGCCAAGGUCUUUUUCGUUCUUGCUGGCGUGACUGCCGCUGCUGCCCAAGUCACCCCAUCGGUUUCUAUUGAUCCGCUCAGCGGCAGCUCUUUCGCUACCAAUCCCGUGACGCUGCCCGCCACCUUCACGCCCGUGACCACAUUCGAGUCGGCCGGCUCUCGCACUCCCACUACCAUCAGCGGGAUCGGACCGAGCCCCACCUCAGCGCCAUACACUUUCGUCUACUCUGCACCUGUUAGCAGCUUGACAGGCACAGGCCUCAGCAACCUCUUCUCAAGCCUCGCCGCCAACGGACAGCCCACGCAAUUCACCGCUGCCUUUCAGCCAGAUCCUUCAAAUCUCCAGAUUGUCGGUGGAUCCGGGAACCCCUCUGGAUCUGGGAACUCGUCUGGAUCCUCUUCGGGCGGACAGGAUGGUGCCUUCUCUCUCGGACCCAACUCCUACCAAGCACAAGCGAUGGCGCUCGUAGCCGGCGCGAUGCUCAUGGGGGCUGCUUUGGCAUGAUUUCCGGUCUGGGUUUGCAUCUUGAUUGGGGACCGUAGCGUCUCCCCAACACGCUACCAGCAGCAGUGGCGCGUGUCUCCCGUGCUCGAGCAGGCACCACACACACCACUCGAGCCGGGUUCUUACAUUCGUGUCGUUGGCAUUGUACGACGAAGUCUGCUUUCAUCCACGAUAGUCGGACUUUGUCAGCGACACCAUCAUCAGUCUUUUCCUUGCUCAGCCUGCGUGCCGCUGCACAUUAUGCGCGCCUUUGGUUUAAUGCUCUCACCCGCGGUCCUUCCAUACCACCCAGCUUGUUUGGUGAUCUCAGUCUCUUCAAUUCAUAUCCCAUUUUUUCACCC